AUGCGAAACGACGGUACGUGGUGGUACAAAGAUCUGGAGCCUGGCACUUCCAUCAACCAGAUUAGGAACCAUCACGUUGAAGGUGGGGGUGAUCGAAGCGAUCCCAGCGUAGCAUCACAGACACGUUGUGCCGCUCUGAGCUGUGCACGUGGAUGUAAAGCCGAACAGAAUUGGCAGGCCGACGCGCAUAACAAGUUACAGCGUCAGCUCAAGUCUGUCAUCAUACAGCAGAGGAGAGCUGAUAACCGUCUACACCCCACGUACCAAAACAAAAAUAGCGUAGCACUUUUCGGCUUCACAGCUGUCACUCUGCCGGACGGCGUCGCCGCGAGGGUCUUAACAUUCGACGACCCAGCCAGCACUAUACUCUCUAGCGAGAAGGUCGUCAAUCAGCACAGGCGAGACACACCCGGAACGGACUAUGCAAACAGCUCAAGUACGUUCUUAGGCUCGAAAUGGGAACUGGCAAUGGAACAUAUCCAAGAGCUGAUAGAGUCGGGUCUCGGUAGCCAGUACAUCGUCCCAGCAAACGACUCCGAUGGAUACGACUCAUGGUUCGACGCGGAUCUGACAGGAACAACGGUGCCUAUGUCUUACAUGAAUUCAAUUCGCUGGAUGGAUGAGGAGGAUGAUGACGAAGAUGACAUCUUCGACGAGCAUUACGACAUUGAUGGAGAAAAUGAGAUGGAACGACUUGAAUCUCGUCAAGAAACUGCAAACCUCAAAAAUAAGUUGCGCAACAAACCGGUGUCGCCAUCAUUUCCUAUCAUCGCAAGAAAGUCUGACACGAGAAACGUUUCUGCAUCCGCCAUCACUCCUCUCUUGAACAACGCCUCACUAUCCGAUCUGGAAAAAGCGCGAAUCAUUGUUGAAGACGCUAUCGCGGAAUCUUCUAGGCUGAACCAGGCUCGAUUAUUGAACCCUAUGCGCAACAACCACGGGCUCAAGCCUGGCACUAUCAUCGGGCAAUCGAAGGUCAAACGUCGUCUAGGCGCAAGAGAAGACGGCACACCAGUCGCAUCCCUCCUGAACAUUACCGACGGUAUAGCCGACGCUGCAGCUCUGCGCGCUGUUGCUGUCAAAGGUACUUACUGGAUGGGCGGUAUCGACAGGAAAGGUACUGUACCAUGGGGCGACAACGCAACAUACGCAGUGUUCCGCAAUGUUCUCGACUACGGUGCUGUUGGAAACGGUGUCACAGAUGAUACCAAAGCGUUCAAAGCCGCCAUGCUAGACGGCAAACGUUGUGGUAAAGGCUGUAACGGCUCUACACUCAAGAACGCUAUCGUGUACAUACCUCCAGGCACGUACUUGAUCUCGACUACCAUUCCCAUGCCAUUCGGGACGCAAGUCAUUGGAGAUGCAAAUGACAGACCAACCAUUCUUGCCUCCAAAUCGUUCAUUGGGAUGGGGGUCUUGUCUACGGACGAGUACACGGGCGGAGGCACCGGCGCGGACGGUCUGGAUGAGGAGUACUACAUCAACACGGCGAAUUUCUACCGACAAAUUCGCAACGUCAUCAUCGACGUCAGACAGACCCGUGCUUCACAGAAGGCCUCCUGUUUGCAUUAUCAGGUCGCUCAGGCUACGAGUACGGAGAAUGUACUCCUCAUCGCGGGUCCGACACAGAAUGGCAUGUACGCUGGAAACGGCAGCGGUGGGCAAAUCUCGGACAUAACCUUCCAGGGCGGAGCUAUAGGUCUCUAUGGUGGUGGUCAGCAGUUCACAGCGCCGCGCUUAAAGUUCGAUGGCUGCACGAUUGGCUCCAUCACCAUGAACAAUGUCGGUACAGGAUUCAAGCUUGUACCCGACAGUACUUCAGGUGCAGCAGCGGGAAAUAUAGGCUCAGCAUCUUUCCUCGACUCGUCUUUCAACAAUGUCAAGACGGUUGUCCAAAUCUCACCUCUCACCUCGACGGUCGGGUCAGGCAGUACCGGGCUCGUUCUCGAGAACAUCAAGCUAACAGGCGUUGGUACCACCGUCGCCGAUACAGGGGGCAAGACAAUAUUGGCCGGCUCCUCAUCCAAGAUUGACGAACGGGCGAUGGGUCCGGUCUACGCAGGCUUAGCUGAUAAGAAAGACCGCAAAUUCACCACAGGUGAAAAGGUCGGAAGUUUCCGCCGACAUUCAACACUUGUGGAUAACGAUGGAGCAUACUUUGAACGUGCCAAGCCUCAGUACGAAGACCGUUCCGUUGGUGACUUCAUACACGUCAAGGAUCUCGGAGCCAAAGGCGAUGGAAAAAAUGACGACACUGCGGCGUUCCAAGCUGCGCUGUGUUCGAGUUUGGGUAAAAUCCUGCUCGUCGAUGCCGGCUCUUACAUACUCACAUCGACGGUGACGGUGCCUAGCGGCGCCAAAAUUGUUGGCGAAACCUGGUCUCAGUUGGUUGCUUCCGGGUCUUACUUCGAAGAUGCGCUCCAUCCCAAGGUGAUGCUCAAGGUUGGUACCAAAGGCCAAGUAGGAGAUGUCGAGAUGCAGGAUCUGUUCUUCACUACUGUCGCUGCGUUGUGGGAUUGCCACGCACGUGUUGGAGGCGCCACCGGGACCAAGUUGACGCCGAAGGAAUGUCCACCAGUAACCAGUGGUAUCGACCAAGGCUGCAGCGCUGCAAGCUUGAUGUUCCAUCUGACGUCGUCUGGCUCAGCCUAUCUCGAAAAUGCGUGGUUUUGGAGUGCGGAUCACAUGAUCGAUGAUCUCGAUCUUGAAAGCGGCGCCAACAACAUGGAACAAAACUCGGUGUAUGUGGCUCGUGGCUUUUUGGCUGAAAGUACCGAGCCAACAUGGCUCUAUGGUGUUGCAUCUGAGCAUGCUGUCUUUUACCAGUUCAACUUCUACAAGGCCCAAAACAUCUUUGCAGGUUUGCUUCAGACUGAGUCACCAUACUACCAACCCACGCCACCUCCACCCGCUCCCUUCAAGUCCGCCGUCGGCGUUUUCCCGGGUGACCCGACAUACGAAUGCGCGGCGGGUGAUGAGUUCAGUGGGUGCGACGAGUCGUGGGCCAUGAUAAUUCGAGAGUCGCAGAACAUCUUCAUCGCAAGCGCGGGCCUAUACUCGUGGUUCUCCACUUACGCGCAGACCUGCAUCGACCAGCAACUGUGCCAGAAAGCCCUGCCUUUACUUGAAAAGAACUUUUCUAACGUUAGGAUUCAGCAUCUCGUUACUAUCGGCGCCAAGUAUAUGGCAGUCAUGGACGGUAAGGGCUUACUAGCCAAGGACAACCUCAAUGUCAAUUCGCACCCCUUCUGGUCGCAGAUAUCCGUGUUAGACGUUAGCAGCAAUGGCUCAAUGUAUGGCAAGUACAUCUGGGUGGAUCCUAAAAUCUGGGACAUGGACCAGUCACAGUUCACUUGCUCGCCCCCUUGCAAUGUCAAGAUUCCCCCAUGGACCCGUGCUACGAGCACACUGAACUAUCCAUUGAUCACAGUCAGCGAUGGUGAUUGGACAAGCACAAUUACAAAAGCGCCCAUGACAAUAUCGGAGUGGGUGUUUGAGCCAGUGACACUGACUGGACAAGCUGCCAACCGGAAACGUCAAGGCUUCGAGGCCUUCUGGCCUAAACCCGCGACCACACCUCACUGGCCAUCAGUUAUCUAUGCUGGCCCAGAUGGUGAAUCAUCCACGGUAGCGCCUGAGGCGUCCUUCCCCACGCCACCUCCAUCUAUUGGCCCCAAUGCGCAGCCUCCACCGACGGGUAGCUGGCCCAAGCGACAGAUCCAACCUAUCAUCAGGAAAAUGGAGGAGCCCUUGGUGAAGGAGUGUGGCUUCUACGACUUUUUCUGCAUUGGCGAACCAUGGAUUUACGGCGAGAACAAUACCAUCUCAGACCCGGGCGACGACGAUUUCGAUGAGAAUUGGGAAGACAGCUUGGUCGUAUGUCCGUUACCGAGCAGUUCCUCGUCUAGUUCAUCCACUUCAACAACUACAACGACAAGUGAAGACCCGCCAGAGCCUACAGCAUCUCCCCGCGAGGGCGAUCCAAUGCAGAAUGAAGUCGACUGCUACAGUGGUCUAGACCAGAAGACGGAGCAUGUGCGCAUGGACAAUGCCAUCAACAGCUUUUGUAGUGGACUGGGCAGCCCGGGUGACGUCUUCAAGGAAGACUAUUUCAAGACGGUGACCUAUACAUUCCCCCAGGGUACAGGAACCGGUGUUCAGAUCCUCAUAUCGCUCAGCGUUGAGAAAGGCUGCCAGUUUAUGUAUAGCUACGACUUGUGCCACAGAUACCUGGAGGUUCCCGUCAACAGCUGUCAAUGUGGAGGUGUGAAUGGAAAGCAGGGAGGUUACUUGAACAACGACUGCUACUCGUGGAGGAUCGAUCCGCAGACGGUGUUUUAA